GCCGGGGAUAGUUUUUGCUGCAACUUCAGGAAGCGCUCGAGGUAGAGACGUGUCUCUGGUGGCGGGGCCGGGUUGAUCUGCUGUUGGCUGCCGGUGAGUCCCUGGACCUUUCAACUGCUGUGAUUGCUUGUAAUUUUGGGAGCCGGCCAUGGCUGACUCGGCCAGCGUGGUGGAACAGUUGCAGAGACGCAUUCGAGAGCUGGAGGAAAAACUGGCUCGUGAGACAGGGGACAGCGGCGGUAGGCAGACCCAGAGGGUGCGGAUCGAGAGGAUGAGCCCGGAGGUGACGGACUCCAAUCCGUACAGUCGCCUCAUGGCACUGAAACGAAUGGGAAUUGUGAAGGAUUAUGAGAAAAUCCGUACCUUUGCAGUAGCAGUGGUAGGUGUGGGUGGAGUUGGCAGUGUGACGGCUGAAAUGCUGACAAGAUGUGGCAUUGGUAAGCUACUCCUGUUUGAUUAUGAUAAGGUGGAGCUGGCAAAUAUGAACAGGCUCUUUUUCCAACCCCAUCAAGCUGGGCUAAGUAAAGUACAAGCGGCAGAGCACACCUUGAGGAACAUCAAUCCUGAUGUCCAGUUUGAAGUGCAUAACUACAAUAUCACAACAGUGGACAACUUUCAACACUUCAUGGAAAGGAUAAGCAACGGUGGAUUAGAAGAGAAACCUGUUGAUCUUGUAUUGAGCUGCGUGGACAAUUUUGAAGCUCGCAUGGCAAUUAACACGGCCUGCAAUGAGCUUGGACAAACAUGGAUGGAAUCCGGAGUGAGUGAAAAUGCAGUCUCUGGUCAUAUUCAACUGAUCAUACCUGGUGAAUCUGCUUGUUUUGCGUGUGCACCUCCCCUGGUCGUAGCAGCAAACAUAGAUGAGAAGACCCUAAAGCGAGAGGGAGUUUGUGCAGCCAGCCUUCCCACCACUAUGGGAGUGGUUGCAGGCCUUCUGGUACAAAAUGUCCUUAAGUACUUGUUAAAUUUUGGCAGUGUGAGCUUUUACUUGGGCUACAAUGCAAUGCAGGAUUUUUUCCCCACCAUGGCAAUGAAGCCAAACCCACAGUGUGAUGACCGAAACUGCAGAAAGCAGCAAGAAGAAUAUAAGAAAAAAGUAGCAGCAAGUCCAAAAGAAGACAUCUUUGUAGAAGAAGAAGAAGUAGUAGUACAUGAAGAGAAUGACUGGGGCAUAGAGUUGGUUUCAGAGGUUUCAGAAGAAGAGCUGAAAGCUGCUUCUGGCCCAACUCCUGAUCUUCCAGAAGGAAUCACGUUGGCAUACACAAUACCAGACAAGGAACAGAACUCUAUAGAUGGAGCAACUGUCACAGAGUCAGAGGAGAGUCUAGAGGAACUAAUGGCUAAAAUGAAGAGCAUUUAACACAAACAUCAGCAGCUUAUAUUGUAGUUCAAACACUUGAAGAUGAGUUUUGUAACCUGUUUGCUGUUACAACAUGAAAGGUGGUAUUUGAUCAUGUACUUAUUAAUUAUGUGACAUAAAAGAUUUGCAAGCUUAAGACUCAAGCAAUGAAGGUCCACAUUUCCAAUGAAACAAUGCAAGAUGACCAGUAGACCGAUUGUGGCACAUUACACGGGGCUAGCAGUCUUUUCAGAUCAGUUUAAGUAUGGAUAAGUUGACUGGUGCUGAAAACUAAAUACGUGCUGUAGCCUUAAAUGUCACUUUUAAAGUGCCAUCAUUAUCACUUGAAGAGCAUCAUACUUGCUUGUUACAUGUCCAUAAAACUGUUUUGGGUAUACUUCUUUCUGUAUAUUUUAUGGACCCCUCUGUGUUUCUUGAUUUGAGAAUCAAAAUUAUCAUGCUAGUUUGAAAUGAGAUGAAAAACAGCAGUAAGUAAGUAAGAGGUAGAACAGCAACAAAAAUAACCUCUGUGGCCACUCUUAGUGAAAGGGGAAAAAAGGAAGGGGGUGGAUUUAAGAGAUUCAGUUAUCCACUUGAACAAGUGCAUUCUCAUCUCUGUUGUAGUGACAGUGAUUUAACUUUUACACAUCAUGUUUAACUCAGCAUCAUACAUGCAGCAAGUACUGUUAUGAUAGGCUCUGAAAAUUUAGCAGUCUGAUGGCUCCAUAACCAUUGCGCUGUCCAGUCCCAUGUGAUAUCCAAGCAGAGGCAUAAAUAAAGGGCAAACCUGAAGCCAGAAAGAACCAUAAGAAGGUGGUUUGAUGCUACAAGCAAUUCCCUGCACAGACGGAUCUUUUCUGGGCUCCUUCUCUUUAAUUUAAAAACACUUUUUGUUACUUUAGUAGUAUUUAUUUGUAUGUUAUGGGUACAUAUUAAACUAGUGACAACCCAAAACAGAGAAGCAUGUUUAGAAUUAAAGAGUAUUGUUAUAUUUUAACAGUUAGUAUUGUGACUGCUUUUUUGUUUUUUAGACACUUCCAAUAAACUUCCAGCUUUGUUGGCUUGAAAGACUUUUAAUACCAGUCUAUAGAUAUCUGCUGAGUGUUAAUGAAUGUAAAGCAACACUGAUGCUCAAAAAGUGUUGUGACGUCUAUACUGAAGCAGUUGUUGGUGAACUGCAUAUGAAGAUAUCUGGAACAGUACAGGAUUAGUUUAAGCUAAAAAGGCUUGCCUGGAAGAACUUUAGGAAUGCUGAUAUUUAGUAAAGUCUCUUAAUUUAUAUUGUGACUUAAGUUCUGCAUUUUAUAAAUGUGCUGCACUUUUUUGAGGAACUUUUUGUAGCAAUAUGCUAUAAAUUUAAGUUUUGCUCAAACAUAAAUUAUCAAUUCAAGGAGCUCUGUGGCAGCUAAUUAGCUAUUUCUUGGCCAAUACUUUAUAAAAUGCAAAAUUUCUGCUAACUGUAUUUACAAAACUACUGUAGCAAGGAGGGAGGAGGAAAUUAACAUUUCAAAAGCUCUUAUCGCAUCCUUGUAAUGUUUACUUUUGUUCUGAAACUGGAUCAUCUUGCUGAUAACGUUCCUUUUUUUUUUUUUUACAAAGUCCUUUCUGUUCAUGUUUGAAAAAAGUGAACAAAUUAUUAAAGGAGUAAAAAUAAUGCUAA